GCAUGUUCGGGUAAUGACAAUGCUCCAAUUGUGAAAGUGUACGUCGGAAUCAAAAGAAUGGCAGAAGCUAUCGCCCUUUAUGGGACCAACGUACCUAUAACAUCGAAAGUAAAUUGUGACGGUCCCUCCGCUACAGCAAAUACAAUGAAAUGUAAACCGACCGCGUAUUAUGGCAGCCCCGACUUAGCUGAUACGAAGAAGUCAGUUCAUAGAUCUAGUACCCAGCUGGUUCAAGGUGGUGGAGAAGCGGUUUCCAAUAACGCCCAAUGUGGAAGUCGUCAAAGGCUAAACGCCAGUAGUAGCUUUGAUGUACCAGCAGUUUACGCUGUGGCGUCGUCGGUCGCGCAAUCAAACUCACCAAGUACAGUGUACGAUAAUAUGACGAACUCUGAUAACUUUACCCCCCACAAGAAAGCUACUGACUGUGAAGUAAAGGCCGAAUUCGGCAUAAAUAUCGUUCCCAACCAACGGAAGUCGGGAUCGUACUCACAAGAGAAGCAUAAGAACUUUGCUGGAUCAUCGAAACAUGACUUUGCUCCACUGACAACAUGCAAGCCGUCCAUCGACACUUUUCAACCAUUAGGUAUGCAAUCAAACUACUUCUCUUCGAUAAACAGCUUGCACCACUACCACGACAGCCCACUCAACGACCACGUCGGUCUAGACACAGAAUAUAUGGACAUGAGAAGAAACAGUUCCCACUCUAUGUCUUCAGGAAGAUCCAACUCUAGCUGUGGUCUAACACCGACUUUGGCGUCGCCAGAACAAGACGCCAACUAUGCCCAGCAGUGCUAUCCAUUCCACGACCAUCCGUCACAGCAGGAGCCAAGUUUAUCCCCACUAAUGGAAUGUAUUGCGGCACUGCAAGGGACUUCUCCCGCUGCUGAUUUGAGCGAAAUUCCGAGCCCGUUGGGUGAAUACGACCUUGAUUAUUCAUUAGGAAAAUCGGACUAUGAUACAAAACCGUACGGUAGUGUUUGGGGCAAUGACGGUAGAUAUACGGACGAUUCUAGCCAAGCAACGUUUACAAGCCUUUCCAACUAUUCCGCUAACUAUACAUCGGGUAGCCAAGGGUUAAUGCCACAUUCAUACAGCGGGCCGUACAGUAAUGAAAACAACAGUUGUCAGUAUGCCUCGUCCAAUUCUUACACUGAGGGUAUUAUGCAAGGCCCUCACCGGCCAUAUUAUAACAGCAAAAAGACGAUUGCUACUCGCGAAGCGUUUCGAGCAGUUGGAACCCAGGAUGAGAGCGAACUGUCGAGCGGAAUCGCGUCAAAGCUUCCGUUGUUAUCCUAUCCAGGAAGCACACUAGGGGAUGAUCAAUACACAGGUUGUCCAAAGCAGUACGGUAACAGCAGGGGUAACGGGUUAUUAAAAGCCGAGGCGUUUGAAUCGAACUGUUUCUCGGAACCGAACGUCAUAUUUUCGAACGGUGACCGUUUGACGCCCAUCAGCCACUGCCAAUCAGUUAGCCCAUGCGGGCAGGCUAUUGCAGCAGAUGAUAAGAUUGGUGCCGACAUAAGCCACGAUGGCAGUAGUAAAGAUGAUAGUGACACAAAUAACCGACCACCAUAUUCAUACUCGGCGCUUAUAGCGCUUGCCAUCCAGAGCAGCCCAGGAAAACGGAUGACACUGCGACAGAUCUAUCAAUACGUGGUCACCUACUUCCCUUUUUACAAAAACAGUAAGACCGGCUGGCGCAACUCGAUACGUCACAACCUUUCUCUGAAUGACUGUUUCAAAAAGGUGCCGCGCAACGAGAACGACCCAGGGAAGGGAAACUAUUGGACGUUAGAUCCGGGAAGCGAGAAAAUGUUUGACAACGGAAAUUUCAGGCGAAGGCGGCGACGACGAGCAGACAUGAGAGACGUAACCGGACUGUUACAAAAAGCACCAGAACACAUGACGGUAUGCGUACCUGUACCGAGCAAAGUCGAAAUCUCACAAAGUUUCGAAGCAAAGUUUCUUGACAUGUCCUCGUCCAACAGAGAGCACGAAUACCUAAGCACCAGCGCGCCAGGUUCUAAUGACAUGAUGGAAACGGACUCCGAAUCUUAUCCAAACGUAAUACAUAUUCGUACUAACUUGCUAACGACGCCUACUGCGCACAACGCUACUGCGCAACCUCAGCAUACGUUCAAACAAGAGAGCGUUGGCAACUACGUGGACGAUUAUGCAAGCGCAUUUCCCUCUCAAUGCCAGAGUUCUUCGCAAUGUAAAUUAAACGCAGAAAAAGAUUUUACUACUCUACCUUAAAUUGUGUUUUGCUUGUACCGCACUAAAAACAAUCGGAGCAAAUGUAAUGUAGAAUAUACAUUCCGCCUUGCACUGCAAUAUUUUUAUGGUGUUUCUGUUAAAAGUUAUUGUAAAUACCUGCUUAAGUUUAGUCCAAUAAUUUAAAGAUAUAAAUAUAUUUAAAUCUAAGCGUAGUUUAAUGUACAAUAUUCAGGUCUCAGUGCAAUAAUAUCCCAUCUACCCGGCGAGCUUUUUUUCUAUUUUCUUUUUCUUUCUUUCCGCUUAUGCUGUAUAGGUAUUACACGUAGCAAUAUGACAUGCGGUUUUGCACAGUUUUAAGGUGGACUCACACCUUAAAAACAACAUGUAUAGAAUGUUUGAAGCGAUCUUCAAUGUAAUUGGUUUGUCUGGGUCUUUGCGCUUUGAAAGUAUUAUUUAUUUUUCUCAGAUUGAGAAUCUACAUUCGAUAUAGUUUGUAAAUUGUGAGUUCUUUCAUGUUUUACCUGAAUCUGUUUAUGUUCCGUUUUCUAUUCCCUUACCCCACCUAUUCAAGCGAUUUUAUGUUUUACUUUCAAAUUGGUUUAUUGUACCUUAAACCCAUAUUGCCCCAGCGUUCCAUUAUUUCAGUUGUAUGUAUAACACAGCAUAUUUAACCAAUCAUGCAACAGCUAUUAUAGUUUGCUCUUAAAAUUUUUUGUCGCUUAGACCAAUUUUUUGUAUUGUUCUGUCUAUAGUUUAAUAGAAGCCGAAUAGAACGAAAUUUCAUCGAAACAGAAUACUUUUGUUACAACGCAGUUGCGUUUUUUUUGCGGAUCGUUUCUUUAAAGCAUCUUUUUCAGUGUUAAAUAUUGUACAGCGGUGUAAAUAUAGCAGAGUUUUGCA